GCGAAUUGCGGGGUCGGCCGAAACCACGACGGCUACCUCCACGUGCUGCGAAAAGCACUUAGUCGCCCUAAAUUGUAGGUCGCCGUCGUGGUCGCGGUGGUGGGGGUAGCGUGAGUGGUGGGGCGAGGGUCGAGCGCGACACUUCGGCCAUGAUCGAUGAUUUCCGUCGGCGUUCGGCACGGCCAGGCGGUAAACAUUGCACAGUACGAUUGGCCGUGUCCUGAGGUGGGUCCUUCGGUUUUCAAGUUUGAGUUUUUUGUCAGUGUUCAACUGUGAGAAGUGACAAACGUACGCGAUAUGCGUUAACGGAGACCCAUGCAUUUCGUUUCUGUGCGUCUCGUCAAUUAAUUUCCGUUGCUCCGUCGAUCGGUGAUUCUCAACAGAACCAUGAGAAGAAAUGUGGUGUAUAUCGACUGGACAAGGGUGUAGCAGGAGUAAGACAGAUUUGCAACUUGAGAACAAAGAAUGAUCGGUUAUUAUCAAGUAGAGCAAAUGCCAAAUAUAAAAACGAUGUCAAUGAGCAGCGAAAUGGUGAACUUGGAGCCUGUGAAUCCAGUGAAGAGUCUCGUUUGUAGCCCGGAUUUAAUCGUAUUUGCCUCUCCGACCUGCGGCGCCGAAACUCUGUCGGCAAAUGUUGAAGAGAAGCCGUACCAGUGUCUCCUAUGUCACAAAAGCUUUGAUCAGAAAAGCUUGUACCAGAGCCAUCUGCGCUCGCAUGGUAAGGAAGGUGAAGACCCUUACCGAUGCAACAUUUGCGGGAAAACUUUUGCGGUGCCUGCGCGGCUAACGAGACAUUAUCGGACACACACGGGGGAGAAACCGUAUCAGUGCGAGUAUUGUAGUAAAUCGUUUUCGGUGAAGGAGAACUUGAGCGUGCAUCGUCGUAUUCACACGAAAGAACGACCGUAUAAGUGCGACGUGUGUGAGCGCGCAUUCGAACAUAGUGGUAAACUGCAUCGGCACAUGCGGAUUCAUACUGGAGAACGGCCACACAAGUGCACUGUGUGCUCAAAAACGUUCAUCCAGAGUGGACAGUUGGUAAUACACAUGCGCACCCACACCGGAGAAAAACCUUAUGUUUGUAAAGCUUGCGGCAAGGGAUUCACAUGUUCAAAGCAGCUGAAGGUGCAUACCCGCACGCACACCGGGGAAAAACCGUACACAUGCGACAUCUGUGGCAAAUCGUUCGGUUACAAUCACGUAUUAAAGCUGCAUCAGGUUGCUCAUUACGGCGAGAAGGUUUACAAGUGUACGCUUUGUCACGAGACUUUCGGUUCGAAGAAGACGAUGGAGUUGCACAUAAAAACCCACUCGGACUCGUCUGUCGCUGGUUCUCCUCGGGACUCGCCAAUUGAGUCAGAGAUCAAAAUCUCAGAAGUAUAUAGCUUAGGCACUGCCAGCGAUAAGGAGAACCAAAAGACUGAUGAGCCAAGCGACGAUGCUGCCACUUACAACGCACCACGGGAUUUCUCAUACUAUAUGUAUUCCAGAGAGCAAUAUUCGCAACCCAUUGCGGCGCCCAGUGAAGACAAAGUCUUCCAAGCGAUACCUGUUGUCCCUAUGGAACAGUCUCAUACGUUUAUAUACCAAGAAGUGUCUCCAACUUACAAUAGUUUUAGUAUCCCGAACAACGACUUCGUCAGCGACUGUUCCUCCUUCCUAAAUCUGCCAGGGAACGACGCUCGCAGGCGAGUGGAGGCUGCACUCGAAGCGGUUGAAGAAGAAAGGCAAAGGGAAUACGAAAUCAGGGUUGAACGGGAACCAAUGUUAACACCGCCUAGCAGUAAUCCCGUAAGUCCUGUACCUUCGCCAGAUCCUCUUGACUUGGCGAUACCCGUCCGAGAAACGUUAAUUCUCCCACCAAGGAAGAGGUGCAAGAUGAUCUUAGAAUCAAUGGAGAGCGAAAGGAUCGAGUUUGUUGCUUCCCAGAGACAGAACUCUGUUAUUCAAUUUGCUAAGACUUCAUAGUGGAAGAGCUCGGAUUCAGUUGUGGUGAACUGGUGAUAAGUUCGCGUAUGGUAAGACACAACCUUCUAAAUAAUUAUGAAGGGAUAAACGCAUACCGAAAGUUGCAAUGGGAUAGAAAAAUCAUCGACCGAUUAUAUCGGGAGAUAUUUCAAAUUUUAAAAAGAAGCUUUGAAAAACAUGUUUUAAUGAACUAUAAAUUUUGGAUUACGAAGGCGAACGAGUUCUCGCGAAGAAAAUAAUUUUAACGCUGAUUCUGUGUUGUAAUGCAAUUACAGCACCAACGGGAGUAGCCACCGCUAACGGAAAGUGACUUAGGGAAUUCUGUACCGAUUGAUGAUCCGAGACACUUUCGUCGGCGUGUCAUGAGAAUUCUAUCAUUAAUAGGUAUCGGGUUUCUUUGAACUUUCAAAAAAAAAUCUUGGAAACUACGUAUAAAAUAUGUUUGAUCAGUUUUAUCGGCAAGUUAUUAACAAAACUUUCUUUUUUAAUUGAAAUUGAUGAAAGUUUGAAGAAAGUUGGAUACUGUAUUAAAUAUUUCCUGUGCAAGUUUUUAAACGUAUCAAUAGAGCAAUCUACAAUAAUUAAACUUAACCGAAAAAAUAAUUCGAGAGUUGAGUCGUUCGUUGUAUAUGGAAACGUGCAGAUUAUUAAACCAAGGCUAUAGGAGAAGAAUUUGAAUAUUCUUGCGAAUAAUGUUACAUCUACACUUUAACUAACAUAUAAAUGAAUAAAACUUGAAUAAUAAGAUAAAUUUAUAAUUGGAAAAUAGGAAAAUUAAAUUGAAAGAUAUGAAAUACAACAUUUUUUUCAUUGUGUCAUUUAUAGUUCUAACUUGUAAAAUUUUCAAAAAUGACAAAUUAGUAUAACUCAAUACUGUUGUUCUACAGUUAAUAUUUAUGCAAGAAGCAUAAAAAAUCGCGAUUUAAUGAUUUGUACGAUUUUGUGUGAGAGCGACUUAAACAAUUCAUAAAUUCGCCUGGUUCAAAGAAUUAUUUAUAUAAUGUGCCUGAAAAUGAACGUUACACGCCUCGAGCCCGCCAGCAAAUUUUUCUUAAUCGUUCGAAAACCUUCAACGAACGCAAAAGUAUUUACGGUUUCCAAGUAGCGCCAAGCGGCAAUCAAAUUGUAAAAUUCAUCGAUUCUUUCAAAAUUAACUGAAAAAUGGUUUCUUAAUGUUUCGGAGACGAGCUUGAACUUUAAACUAACAACCAAAAGUUGAGAGACGAAUGAAUCUAAGAGACGUGUUUAGAAUGUCCUUGUGUCGUGGAAAAAAGACAUGAUUUGCUUUGCUUUGCUUUCUUCAAUAUUUAGCUGGCGUGCUCUAUGUCAUUUUUUUCGUAUUUCACGUUACGUAUACGUGUCUCAGAUAUGUGUGUAAAUGCGUGCAUGCGAGUAUGUAUGUUAAGUUGCAACUGUUAGACUACAAGUAAUAAAGAUCGUGAAUCGUUGUAGCGUAACUAGCAUCUUCGUAUCGGAAGCCUUAGAAUGAACGUAGUCGAGACCAUUUUUAAAAAAAUGUGUUAUUCGCACAAUCUUUUCCCUCGUUUUAGAAACGUUUUUUUUUUAAAAUAUAUUAUUUAUUUCACAUGAUUUGUUUUAUAAACAUUGUUGAAGCGCUUAAGAAAUAACUCAAAGCAGGGUAACGACUGCGUCAAUUAUUUUGUCUUCUGUUCGUUUUGAUAUCCUUUGGAGGAGAUUAAAAAAUUAAAUACCAUAUAGGUGUCGAUUAGUUCAAAGGCUACGCAACUUGUACCGAAAACAGGUUGUUUUCGUGGGUUAAAUUUGAACGUUGUACGUGUUUUGUGUAUCGUGAAAUUUUUCAAUCGUAACCAAUAUUCAUGUAACAAAGAUUCCAAUUUCUUGCCAAAACUGAAAAGACUGAUACCAGUCUGACAAACAUUUUCGUUCAAGCGUGACAAGCUUCCCAUGAAACGUAGUUUAUGAUGUAUAGACUAUGAUAGAUAGAAGUGAUAUUAAAACACGUAAU